CGGCCACAAAGCGUUCCGCUGCAUUAACCGCCGCGCUUUCACUUCGACCCCCGCUUCGAGUGAGGAAGGCGAGCGUUUUGCCUUCGCCUUCGGGAGCCGCUCCUUGAAUUCGGUCGCAGCUUUUUCACUGUAGCGGCAGCUCAUGUUAAUGUUAAAUAUCCACCUCCCCCCCCCUCCCAUUGAAUGUCUGAGUGAAGGGGUUUGACCUCCUAGUCUGGGUGAGAGAGGAAGGGGCCCAGCCUCCUUCAUUCCCGACCAGUUUAAGCUGUUUCUCAGCCGGGGGUGGCCUCACAAUUGACCUCGGUGGCUGAGAGGAAGAAUCAGCCAGGGUUCCCCACCCCUCAUCGCUCUCCAUUAGAAUUUGCCAAAGUGGGGUCUUUGAAGCAGGCUUGGCUGCAAUGUUAACAGGCAGAUAGCUUGUCAACACUCUCUGCUUAGCCACACACAUCCAACUGAUUCCUUAAAAGCUAUGUUCACAUGGGGCGACAGUCAUCCAUGGAAUUGUACCCCUGUGAGAAGCUACUGCUGUCAAGAGAGGAGAACAGUUUGGUAUUUUGUAAAUGGAUUGUUGUCCAUUUGGAUCUCAUGCCCAGUUUUUACUGUCCGUUGGGAUCUAAAUAUAAGAGAUGGAACCAUCCUGCCGUAAGGAGAAGCCAAAGCCAAAGGAACCACCCUAUCGAGGGGACAAAGCCAAACAAAAAUCUGCUUUACAAGAACUCAAGCAGAGGCAGCGAGCUGAGAUCUAUGCUUUGAACAAAGUGAUGACAGAGCUGGAGCAACAACAGUUUGAGGCUUUCUGCAAACAAAUGCAGUCGCAGAAUGAAUGUGGACAGCACUGACUACCUGACACAAUCAGCCCAGAACAGGCAGCUUUUUUUAAAAACACUAAAUGCUUAUGAAGAGCAGUACAUUUUUUUUAAAAAUCCUGUUCUUUGUUCAUAUGUCGUCCUCAAAAGUUAGGCAAAUAACUAAAUAACUCAUCUCAGAUCACAACUUUUUAUCAGGAGGAUAGGACCACAUUGGCCCAGAUCUUCUGGUCUCUGGAUCGUAGGAGACCAGACAUACGACCCAAGAUGCACGUUGGGACCCUGGAGAAGUCCCAACGAGCUGAUCCCUGUGGGAAUUGCCCAGGAAGUUUUAACUUCCGAUAGGCGAUUGCCCAGGACCCUACACAAAAGUCUCUGACUCUAAGCUGGGGUCAGAAACUUUGAACGGUCCCGCAAUACUUGCCUGAAUAGUUACCCAGGAAAUGUCAGGAAGAAAAAAUCACGGGCAGGAUUUUCCAGCCCUUCACUGCCGGGAUCGUCCAGCCCUGCCAAAAGUCAAUGGACUUUCGGCUGAUCCGUCGCAUUCCCCACAGCGGGUUCCACCACACCAAGGCUGGAGAAUCCCAGCCCUAGUCUGACUGCUGGGUAACUGCAGAACUGACCCCCUCAAUCACGCACACUGACACAUCCCCACCCAGUCCACCACCCUCCGGCCUGACUACCCCAUCCCUUAGGUGAUCAACCUCACAAGCCUGCCCCCUCACCCACCUGCCACCCUAUCCAUUCACUCAUUCAUCCACUCACUAACUUUCACAUUUGACAUUUAAACUUAUGUCAGCUAGUGCCAUGAAAAGGAAGCAUGGUUUGUCUUCCCACCGCCCCCUUUCCCUCCGACACUACAGUGCUGCUAUGGAGAUUUUCAUGGGACUGUACACUCCGCAUUUCUGAAGAAACCAGACACAGAAGACUUGGCCAGAAAUGUGGAACACCAUCGAGGUGUUGAAAAGUUCGAUUGGAGCAGCAAUCCGGUGAUAAUUGCUGCUUUGUGGAAGAUCUGGGCCAUUGAGUUAUUUUGUUUCCCUCGAGUUAAAAUGUUUCAGGUUAAUGUGAAGCUUGGUAGCAAACAGCGAGGCUGCUGCCCCUGAUUGUUGUCUAGCAUCUCCCACUGCUCCUGUAUGCAUGUGCCAAUGUUGGGUAAAGACCAACUGGGCUUCAGCUGUAAUGCCCCCUGCAUGCUGAAUUAACCUUCCAUUGCUUACUGCUCAAGCUAAAUGGAGAAUGGUCAGUAAGUGAAGCACUGAGGGACUGCUGUCCUCUCCCAAGUCUAGAUUUUAAACAGAGCUUCAUACUGACCCAGCUGCUUUUGAUCUGUGAAUGAUGCCAAUCAUUUCCCAUUUUUAUCAAAUGAGCUGAGAAGAAUAACCCUCGCAAGCAAUUCCUAUUUAAACGUGUUUUUCUUUAGAAAAGUCUAGAGCAAGAGAAAGCCAUUUGAAGCACCCUGUAUCCAUUUGUUAUAUCAAUGCACCGUGGACCCCACCCUAAACCACCAGCACUGUUUCUUGCUGCUGCCCUCCAAUAAGUAACGCUAAAUCCCUUCUCCCUCCCCUGAAAAAUAUCAAGCAGUGCUAACCCACGAACACCCUCUUCCUCACAGCCAUCUAUCCCGUGCUCUCUUUUAGUUGGCACUUGAACCUACUCCUUUCUCCAGGAAUCUGUUCCAAAUAUGCGCUGUCUUGUUGGGGGAAAAAAUGCUUUCUCUGACCUUGUCUCGAGUCUUGUUUUCAGCAAGCGGACCCUUCUUUCAAACCACUAUAGAAUUGUUUUGCUUUGCUUUCAGCCAGAAGAGUUAAGCUUCGCUUUGCACCCAAUGCUAGGAAACUCCAGAGCCAAGCAGAGUGAGACUCCAUUCUCCAGCUUUACAGUGCCAGUAAGGUUGCAGUAUAAAUGCACCUUUUGGCUCAUUGGCACCAUAGGUCAAUAAGUUUUAAAGAAUCCUUGGAUCAACCUUCCUAUUUUCCUAAGCAUCACUAUUGGGUUGUUUCAUUUCUGUGAACCUCUUGAACCGAGGAGUUUUAUCUAGUCUGAAAUGUCGAUACCUUGUACGUCUCCAGCGAUGUUGUGUACCACUCACUCUAGCUUAACCUCCAGUUGAAAAGGCCAAAAAAUGUCCUCCUUCCACCCUCCGCUGUUGCUCUGAACAGAGGGUUGGAGCAAUGUAGUCAGGAGGACCAUCUGUAAUAUUGAGGGCUUGGGAUAAGCACUAUUUUGCUGGAUGGAACAGGAGAAACGUAAGUUGUAAAGAUCGGAAGCCUCCUCCAAGAGUACUAUUCAGAUUUGGAGUGCAAAAUGGAGCACAGAAAUGAUGAAAGCAAGAUUGCCUUUUUUGUAGGGUCUCCAUUCUUCAAAUGACAAGACUUUCCCAUUGUGUCUCUUUAGAGAAAAUGUGUAUUUAUAUUCUUGUAUUUAUAUGCUUGAUUAUUUAUUGUCAUUAUAUACAGUAAUUUGUAAAUUGUGUUGUUUCAGUUUCCAUGGGGAAUACUGGUGGCAAACUGAGGGAGGCAAAAUGACUGCCACUGUAAAUGAUCAUAAAGAUGGAAUUUUAGCUGGAAAUGAAAGUCUUAGGUAUGAUAUUUAGCUCAAAGUACUGCCCAGUGUCACUGUAUAAAUAAAAUAUUGUGAAAAUAUUUUGGGC